UCUUCUCGUCUGCAUGAUUUGGGCUUUUAUCGGCGUUGGCUUUUUGAGCGCGGAUAACAAUAACGGGGACUCUUCAUGCCCUGUCGUUCAAGAUUAUCAUAUUCCAUUUGUCUUUGCUCGUACUUUGCUUCAUGCCCUGUACGUCGUACUUGUUGACGCGUAUACUCCCAGAUUCCUUCGCAUCAGGACUUUCCAGGACAGCUACCAAACCCAUGAUUGAAAAGCUAGGAGCUGUUCCAAUGACAGAAGGCAUGUUUGGUAGCGACCCCGAGGAAGCGACAUGCGCCAUUUGUUUAGGCAAUUACGUCCUAGAUGAGACCAUCCGUGUUCUACCUUGCCAGCACCAUUUCCAUCUUGAAUGCGUAGAUCAAUGGCUAUUUACAGAUAAGAGUUGCCCACUCUGCAAACAUGAUAUCGACAAGCCCAUUUUGAACAGCUUCCGAAGGAACAGUGACCUGAUGACUCAAAGUAGCGGUAUUAAUAACAUCAACAUCAACAUCCACCAUAGCAACAACUCCCCUUCGAUGGAUCGAAUUCAGAUCAUCAUUGCUUAACAAAAAACUAUUUGACCUCCGUCCACUCAUCUAACCAGAUCUAACCCAUUGUUAUUUCUGUUAGCAUUGUAUUAUACAUAAAGCUGAUUCUUUUAUCUACCGUCCAAAGCUUUUCAAUAUUGCCUCAUUAUCACUUUUUUGCGCAAUGAUGAUGAGGAUUGCCUAUAAAGUGUAAGAAAAAAAAAAAG